AUGAUGUCCUAAUCACCAUCAUAAUUAUAUCCCAAUUUAAAGAACAUCCUUAUUAAUCAUGAAAAUAACAUUGUUAAAAAGAUUUAAGUAAAUUCUGCCAUCGAGUACAAUUGUUAAAAAGAAUUAAUAAAUUUGCAAAAUGAUUAUGCAAAAAAGUAUCCAAAUAAGGUUUUAGGCAUAAAAAAUAUUUCAGAAUCUCUAAAAGAUAAACUAAUAAUUGUAACUUAUGAUUGUGAUUAAAAAUCUAUUCCUCUCUCAAAAAGAAUAAAAUAUUCUACAUCAAGAUAAAAGUUUAGGCUCUUUAAAAAGCUAUUAGAAAUUCUAUUUUUUUUAAAACAUAACAAUAUUUUGCAUAGAAAUCUAAAACCAAACAAUAUCAUUAUGUAUAAUGAAAAUUUAUAUUUGACUGAUUUUGGGUAUUAAAAAAAUAAUCCAUAUAUUGAUAUCGUUAAUUUCAUCGAUAAAAAAAGUGAUUAUUAGCAUACAAGAAAUUUAUAUCCAUAUCUCUCUCAAGAAUUAGUAAAUUUAAUUAAUAAUAAUGUAACUUCAGGCCAUAUACUUUAAAAUCUCAAGGUAAGAGAUGAAUCCUCUGUAAAACUGUAAGAUUAAUAUGCAAUUGGAGUCAUGAUGUUGGAGAUUUUUAGCCCAUUUGAAGGCAAGGAGAAUUUGCAGAAAAUCGAGGUUUGUAAAAAGUUGCUCGAGAACAGAAAUGAUUAAAUUAAAAAAAUAGCCUUAGACCCAGACUUUCCAAAAGAAGGAGUAGUAUUCAUAAAAUAAACAAUUUCUGAUAUAUUAGAAAAUAAAUAAUUGAGUGAAAGGGAACUUGAAAAGCAAUUUAAUUAAAUCGAAUCACUAAUAACCGAUUAUUAAAUCAAUAAAUAGGAAUUAAUGAUUUAAGAUAAUUCUAUAAAAGUUGAUGAAAUUCUUAAUAAAUUAAUUGUUGAAUUUGAUUUAAACCUCUUAUACUAUUUUAGUUAGUAAUAACUUAAUAACAUAGAUAAAAAUGAAUAAUUCUAAUAAAAUGAAAAACUGAAAAAAGAAAUUAGUAGAUUAAUAAAUUUAUAUGAAUAUAUACAAAAUUUAAAUAAAAUAGAAUAAAGCUAGAUUGAAUAUUUUACAGGAUUGAAAAAAGAAGAUUUAUUUAUUAGUUUAGUUCAUUUAGAUCAAAAUAUAGAAAAUUUAAUAAAAGACAAUAAUUAGGAAGAAUUAAUAAAGAAAAUAGAAAUAAAAUAAAAACUAAUGAAAUUUUACAAACAAAUUAAUAAUACAGAUAAAAGUGAAUUUCUCUUCAAUAAUAUUGUAGAAUCAAAAACAGAUGAGUAAGAAUAAAUAAAAGUUGAGAUUAAACCAGACAUAAUAGCAACAUAAUAAAUUAGUGAAGAAUUAUAUUAAGUUGUAGUUUUUAUUGAUGAAUAAAAUUAACCUGAUUAAUAAAAUUACAUUGUAGAAUAAACUUAACCUGUAAAAUAAAAUUUAUUUGUAAAAUAACCUUAACAAAAUUAAGAUCCCAUUAUUGAAUUGAAUCCUUAAGAUGAUAAUAAUGUUUUAACGAAGAUAUGUGCUUAUAAAUUAUCUUCAAAUUAAUAAGAUUUUUAAUUAGAUCUUUAAAAGAAAAUCGAAGAGAAUUUCGACGAUUAAAAUUUAAAAUAAUUUUUUAUCAUAAUUAAAUUGUACAGUUCUAAUCAUUCAUAAAACAAAAAAGAUUUAUAUAUAUAUAAAAAUAAAAAUAUUUCAGAGCUUAUUUAUAUUGGAGAAAUCUAAAAAGGAAUUUUUUGCGGAGAAAUAAUGAAAAUAGCUGGUAAUAUAAUUUUUCAUUAUAUAAAUGUUGAUAAGGAUUUUAAUGGUUUGAAUAUUUAAGGUCAAAAAUCAUUAAUUUAUUAAUACUAAUCUGUUAGCAAUCCAGAAAAAUUCAAGAAAAUAAAAUACUAUAUAGGUACUAUUGAAAAAGGUGAAUAUCGAAUAGGAGAAGAAUUAGAUUAUAAAAAUAAUAUGCUCUCUAAGGGAUCUUGGAAAAAUAACCAAUUUAAUGGGCAAGGGUCUAAAUAAUUAUUUAAUACUGAAAAUUUAUAAUAGGGUGAACCUUAUAAAUGGGAAGGAAAUUUCGAAAACAACAUUUUAAGUGGUUAAGGAAUAAAAACACAUUUAUAUUUUCAUGAUCAAUAAGUGAAAGCUUAUUCAGAGGGACAAUACCAAAAUGGUAAGAGGGUAGGAAAGCAUAUUUACUAUAGAUUAUAAAGAAAUACAUAAGAUCAACUUUAAGCAAUCAUUUACAAAAAAGUUUGGUUUUAUAAUGUAUGUGAUAAUGAAAAUUGUAUUGAUAUAGGUUGUUUUUGA